AUGUCUGGAUUUGAAAAGACUGCAGCUGAGAAGACAGAUGUUAAUGACAUUAUUAAGAUCAGUGAUACAGAGAAGAAGGACAAUUUGACUAUAGUUUCAAUGAAGAAAAUGUCUAUGUCUUUCAAGCAUAAGAUAUUGAGUUUGAUUGCACUGAAACUCUCAAAACACAUUCAAAUCAGUGAGUGA